AUGGGGCCGUUCGCCGCCAUCUACGCCAUCUAUAGGACUCAGACGGUGGUGGCGGUGAGCGAUACGCCAAUAUGGAUCUUGUUCCUUGGCGGUGGUGGGCUUGUGCUUGGUCUUGCGACGUUCGGCGUGAGGAUCAUGAGGCUGCUUGGGGAGCGCAUCACGACGAUCACACCGAGCCGCGGUUUCUCUGCGGAGCUUUCGACCGCGCUUGUGGUGUCGUUUGCCUCCGGCUACGGCGUGCCGAUCUCUUCGACGCACUGCAUCACCGGCGCUGUGGUUGCGAUCAGCAUGGUUGACGUUGACUUCUUGAAGCUGCGCUGGAUCAUUAUUGCGAAGCUGUACGCCGGAUGGAUUAUGACCCUGGUCAUUUGCGGUGCGUUCUCCGCGCUGUUCUUCGCACAGGGAAUCUACUCCCCAAGCCGUGCAAUGUAG